AGUCGCACUAAGCCUAAGCGGCCGGUGAUGGCGGCAGCGGCGGCAGUGGUUGCGGCGGGUCCGGGCCCAUGAGGCGACGACGGAGGCGGGACGGCUUUUACCCAGCGCCGGACGUCCGAGACAGGGAAGCUGAGGACAUGGCAGGAGUGUUUGACAUAGACCUGGACCAGCCAGAGGACGCGGGCUCUGAGGAUGAGCUGGAGGAGGGGGGUCAGUUAAAUGAAAGCAUGGACCACGGGGGAGUUGGACCAUAUGAACUUGGCAUGGAACAUUGUGAAAAAUUUGAAAUCUCAGAAACUAGUGUGAACAGAGGGCCAGAAAAAAUCAGACCAGAAUGUUUUGAACUACUUCGGGUACUUGGUAAAGGGGGCUAUGGAAAGGUUUUUCAAGUACGAAAAGUAACAGGAGCAAAUACUGGAAAAAUAUUUGCAAUGAAGGUGCUUAAAAAGGCCAUGAUAGUAAGAAAUGCUAAAGACACAGCUCAUACAAAAGCAGAACGGAAUAUUCUGGAGGAAGUAAAACAUCCCUUCAUUGUGGAUUUAAUUUAUGCCUUUCAGACCGGUGGAAAACUCUACCUCAUCCUUGAGUAUCUCAGCGGAGGAGAACUAUUUAUGCAGUUAGAAAGAGAGGGAAUAUUUAUGGAAGACACAGCUUGCUUUUACUUGGCAGAAAUCUCCAUGGCUUUGGGGCAUUUACAUCAAAAGGGGAUCAUCUACAGAGACCUGAAGCCGGAGAAUAUCAUGCUUAAUCACCAAGGUCAUGUGAAACUAACAGACUUUGGACUAUGCAAAGAAUCUAUUCAUGAUGGAACAGUCACACACACAUUUUGUGGAACAAUAGAAUACAUGGCCCCUGAAAUCUUGAUGAGAAGUGGCCAUAAUCGUGCUGUGGAUUGGUGGAGUUUGGGAGCAUUAAUGUAUGACAUGCUGACUGGAGCACCUCCAUUCACUGGGGAGAAUAGAAAGAAAACAAUUGACAAAAUCCUCAAGUGUAAACUCAAUUUGCCUCCCUACCUCACACAAGAAGCCAGAGAUCUGCUUAAAAAGCUGCUAAAAAGAAACGCUGCUUCUCGUCUUGGAGCUGGUCCUGGGGAUGCUGGAGAAGUUCAGGCUCAUCCAUUCUUCAGACACAUUAACUGGGAAGAACUGCUGGCUCGGAAAGUGGAGCCUCCUUUUAAACCUCUGUUGCAAUCUGAAGAGGAUGUGAGUCAGUUUGAUUCAAAGUUUACACGUCAGACACCUGUUGACAGCCCAGAUGACUCAACUCUCAGUGAAAGUGCCAACCAGGUUUUUCUGGGUUUUACAUAUGUGGCUCCAUCUGUACUUGAAAGUGUGAAAGAAAAGUUUUCCUUUGAACCAAAAAUCCGAUCACCUCGAAGAUUUAUUGGCAGCCCGCGAACACCUGUGAGCCCAGUCAAAUUUUCUCCUGGGGAUUUCUGGGGAAGAGGUGCUUCAGCCAGCACAGCAAAUCCUCAGACACCUGUGGAAUACCCAAUGGAAACAAGUGGAAUAGAGCAGAUGGAUGUGACGAUGAGUGGGGAAGCAUCAGCACCACUUCCAAUACGACAGCCAAACUCCGGGCCAUACAAAAAACAAGCUUUUCCCAUGAUCUCCAAACGGCCAGAGCACCUGCGUAUGAAUCUAUGACGGAGCAAUGUUUUUAAUGAAUUUAAGGCAGAAAAAGGGGAGGAUGUGUGAACAUCCUGCAAGGUAAAGCAAGAAGACUCAAAAUGACAGUCUCAAGGAGUCAGUGUCAUUAUAUAGAACACUUUGAACAGAAGGAAAAAUACACAUGGAUUUUUAAAAA